GACCAGAGAAAAAAAACGCCAUAUUCGUUCCCUACAGCGAUUGAAUCUUACGCUUUAAGGAGAAAGUUGUCAGCUGUGGGGACAAAGCCCAGCUACCUUAAGAGUGCACGAGAUCUUCAACGAAGAAGCCUUUUCAUGAAAGGCGCAGACUUUCGUCGUUGUAUAUGCAUGAACGACAACGCGCUAUUGUGCACGCGAAGGUUUCUAAAUAUUCUGUAGAAUGCCUACAAUACGUUGGUAAAAAGAGAAAAAGAAUGCUUAAUUAAAGCUGAUGAUGGCAUUGAAAUCCUAAAGAAUCAUGUAAGUAUCGCACGUUUUUCAGUGAUAUGUAGCGAACCUGACAUGCUGCUUUUCUAAAUGACCGACCUUUCUGUUUUCGGACUUUCACUCUCUAUUCACAGCCAUGGCGACAAGCGCAAGUUAUCUGUGGCAGCGGCUCUGGUGGGCCUACCGCGACUCGUGUUCCUUGAUGAGCCCGUGGCAGGCGUGGACAUCUUGGCGCGGAGGACGAUCUUUCAGGCACUCCAGGCUAUCAUCAAAAAGGGAUACUCGUCCAUUAUCCUCUCCUCCAACUCCAUGGACGUGUGCGAGGCGAACUGCAGCCGCGUGGGUAUCUUGGUCUCGGGCCAGCUGCAGUGCCUGGGCAGCGUGCCGCAACUGCUGGUGCGCUUCGGGCGCGGCUUCACCCUGCAGAUCAAGUGCGUCGCCAAGGACGCGAGCAACGCGGCCGCCCUCGAGGAGGCCGUGGCCACGCUCUUCCCGGGCAUCCUGCUCACCGACGUGCACCCGGGCCUGUUCCAAUUCGCCAUGAAAGAGAUGCUCCAAUGGAGCGUGCUCUUCGCUCGCGUCAACCAGCUGCACCGGUACUUCCAGCUCGAGUACGUGAACGUAUCCAGCACGGCACUCGAGGAGGUCUUCAUCGACUUCGUGCGCGAUACGCGCCGCCCAGCACUUUCGCCCCCAGGCACCGCGCCCCACGACUCUGCACCGGCGGCCGCCAAGGUCCACGCGGCGGCGGCGACGCCGGCGGCGUCAGCCGUAGUUAACGCCGUUGUUCCGGCAGGAACAUCCAAAGGGAUCGCCGCCGCCACCGCGCAAGCCAAACGUGCUGCGCCUUCCACCAGCGCUGCGACAGCCAAGGGCGGCCCGGCGGCGCGGCCUUGAGAAUUUAGGCACUCGAGGACGCCGGCAACGCAUCCUUGGGCUCGAACCUUCGCGCGUAGUUUGUGCGUGUUCAUACGCGCCGACUUUCCGCCGCGACGAGACUAUAAUGGCUUGUUUAUGCGCAUACAAAUACAUAAGUGGAACUAA